AGACCUGUUGCACUUUAAUCGCCAAGCUGCUUACCCAGAGUGCAAACUGCACGUGAAUUCCUAAAGUCUGCAUUCGUCACUGAGCUGAUGGAUUUCAAAGAGUUUGGAGCUGAGUCGGAGGGAGACACGGAGGAUCUGGACAGCGUGAAAGCACUCGCACAGAAGCUGAAGCUGCAGACCCGCAGACCGUCCUAUCUUGAGUGGCAGGAGCGGGUACAGAGUGGACCGUGGAAGGAGAGUCACCCUGCAGCAGAAGGCCCGUGCUCUGGAGGAACAGAAGUCUCCGCGCCGGCAAUCCUGAGGAAUGAGAACUCAGAGCUGGUUGUGCGCAACAUCUGUGGCUUUGACACCAUUGAUGAUGCUUUGGAGUUUCUAAGGAAAGAGCUGAGGGAGAUGCAGGUUCAGGACAAUCUCCUGGCCCGUCAGCUGAUCCGUCUGCGUGUGGAGAUCCACCGACUGAAAGUGGAGCAAGUGUGCGGGCGCCAUAAGGAGAUGCUGGACGAUGCCACGUACGAGCUGGAGGAGUGUGGCGAGGAGUCGGACCUGCUGUGUGACAUCCCCAUGAAGGCAGCCUUUGCCCUAUCGACCCCGCUCAAACACCUUGGCCUUACCAAGAUGAACAUCAACUCCAGACGUUUCUCACUCUGUUAAAAACCCCCAUUUGUGUUUCUGAGGAUGUUCCCAUGGCCUCCUCUGUGUUUGUGUUGACUAGAUAUUAGGCUUUUUUCCUCCUACUGGUGGGUGGGAGUGAACAUGACUUUGCACCUUGGCUUGACAUGAGAAAGCCUCAGUGUGGAGACCUGUAGGGGCACACCCCCUUAAUACAGACACGCCUUCCUGUUGGACAGAGCUUGAGCUGCUCUACUGUUCACUAUUGUUUGCACGUCAUGUUAAUCAGAGCAGAUAUAAGAAGAAGGCUUAGACUGAAAUGUAAAGUUAGAUAUGGAAUGGGAAUAAUUAACCCAAUGAUUCAGUGGUGUAAGGGCAAAACAGCUACAGGGAGAGAUGCUGAUAGAAGAGCAAUCUCCCUUCAGAAAAGAAGCUUCAUGGUCCCAGUAGACAGGGCAGAUUACUUGACAUCAGUGGUUCCCAACAUAGGGGUCUGGCCAAAACAGGGGUACCACAAUUUUGUGAGAGAUUGUGAGAUAAUUAACUGGAUCGGAAACACAAAAACCUUUUCCUCUUGUCAUGUUUCAUUACUGAAUAAUUUCACAUAUUGUUUCCUCUGAUUUAACUGAUUAUAUUCGUGUUUAAAAAGCUUUGAGCAAAUAACCCGUUGCAUAAAGUGUAGUUUUGUGGCACUAUAGGCUAUACUUAAUGCAUGGCUAUUGUACGCCCAUAAACAGAGGGGAAGAAGUAGAGGUUACGAUCUGGUCUUGGCCUUUUAACCAAUUUAUUUGAGAAAAAUGGGGAAAGAUCAAGGUUAGCUAGUAUCGCCAUGUUUCAGGAUGUUUGGAGAUAAAGAAAAUGAAGUGCAAUGGUUCUAAUGCACAAGGAAUAUCAAGAUGCCAAGAGCCAAAUAGCUAAUAAUGUAAAUUUGCAGAUUUUUUUUUUUCAUAUCUUAUCAACUCUUUCAUGACAAAGGCAAAAAGAAGCUCAAUAGAGCCCAAAAUGUUGAGAAGUCUUUGGAUUACUGGUAAAAAAAAAUGUGUUGAGUAGACUGAAAUAAAAAAGCAAUGGUAAUGGUUAGCAUCGCUUAUAUAAAAAUAGUACUAUAAUCCAGCAAUUUAUUCCAGCUGGUAAAGCCUUCGUACGGCUACUGUCCUCACUAUGUCCCCAAAGGAAGUUGGAGGUCACUCUUCAGCAUUUUUACGCCUCUUCUUCAUAAUCCAAAUAUGUCUCCAUAGCCUCACCACUGCAGUGACAGGAUGCAGGAGGUUGUGCCUAAAGCAUUUUGUUUUCCAUUACUAUAUAUGGCUGUUAAAUGGUGCAUUAUAGCUUAAUAUUAUUUGUGAGCAAGGAGGACAGCCUUUUGUUUAGUGAUAUUUUACAUUGGUUUUAACUUUGUUGAAUGUAAAAAAAAAGAAAGAAACUAUGCAUUAUUGUAAAAACAUCUACUGUAAUAUAAAUGUAUGUAUGUGAUAAAUGAGUAUAAAAAGAAAUGCCUUAAAAUGUAACUGUCUUGCACAAACAACGAACAUUAAAAAAGACUUU